ACCAAAUCUGCCCUCCGGAGCCAUGCUUCGAACUCUACCCUUUACGCAUCAGGUGGCCCUCACGUUGAUUCUCAUGCGCUGUGAACCUGGAGCGAUUGAUUGCGCUCUAGCAAGAUGAUCUUGUUCACAACAUGGACUGCACUUACCCUGCUCACUGUUGCAAGGACGUGGUGCACACACCCUGAUGCUCACACUCCAUCAGAUGUCCAGGUUGUGCUGACAUUCCACAGCUCUUCGGUCAUACAUGGCAGAAUCAUGACAUCGGCGGGAAGAAGUGGUGAUGAUGAAGCCGAGCUGAAGAUCAGCCCCCGUAGACGACAUUGUCUGAAACCGAGCAACGUGUACACACGGACUGACUCCAGGCUCUCAAAAGGCCUAAGCGGGCUAAUUGCAUCAGACAGCACAGCACCAUGAUCUGCUCGAGUAUGGCUUCCCCGCUCUUUGGCAUGCAUCAACACGAGGUCUGAGUCCCAUACCAUCUCACGGGAAUUCAGCCCAUCGUGCAGCUUCGAGUUGUGUGGCUUGCGCAGCAAAUACGAGGUG